UCUAAAUACCGGAUACCAACUAAUCCUUGUCCACAAACCAGGAGCGUACUAGCCAAUCAUAGACAGGGAGGCGGGACUUGUCGGAAAACGGGUAGGGAAAACUGAAGUGUCCUGUUAGUCGUAACUAGUUUUAAGAGUCAAUAAAUGGCAUAAAAGCAAAAUGUAUCAAAUAAAUUUUGCGUUAUCGUCGUUCGUAAGAGGGGCAUGUCAGCAGCUUAUUAAGCCUUUGAAUUUAUCUGGAAGAAAGACAGGAGGAAAUGUCCUGCGCACACUUUACUCAAGUUCUGUCCGAUUGCAAGAAGCUGAAGCGCCAUCGCAAGAGCUCACAUUCAGCACAACUUCUCCGAAAAGCUCCAAAGAGUUCAGUGCUUAUCCUCCCUUUCCAGGCCAGGACAGUGGUUUAAGUUGGGGUGGCAAAAAGUUUGAAGAAUUACCAAUAGUUCACAUAAAAGCCACCUAUAACAACACUCACAUCCAGGUGACAGACAGCGAGGGUCAGUCCAUGGCCAGGACCUCGUGUGGGACAGAGGGCUUCCGUAAUAUAAAAAAGUCCACGCCCAUUGCUGCCCAGACCACCGGUAUCUCAGCUGCUGCGAAGGCACAGGCAAAGGGGGUGACAUUUGUGCGUGUGCUCGUCAAAGGACUUGGUCCAGGGCGCUUGUCUGCCAUUAAAGGGUUAACUAUGGGAGGAUUGGAGAUUGUGUCCAUCACCGACAACACGCCGGUUCCACACAAUGGCUGUCGGCCUCGUAAAGCUCGGAGGAUGUAAACCCCAGUAAUCCAGUCCGUCUGUGCCGAAAGUAUCAACAGCUGAGCCUGCAUUCUGAGCGGAGGAGCUGAACACAUUGCUCAUUUCCUUUGCACAGUAUGACGUAUCACACUUCAUGUAACUAUUUGGGGUAUUUUGGUCGAUUUAUUUUUUUUUUUUGUCGCUUCUUUGUUUCUUUGUGUGCUUUUUUUAAUUGUAUUAAACCGAUGGAAUGAAAGAGUUAAGUUUUGUCUUUCCUUUUACAUCGUCACAUAUCUUCAGCAGCUGUUAUUUUGUGCAUGAUAAAGACAGUCAUCACUGCCAUAUGAAGGUGCUAGUUAUAGAAAAUGGGCGAAAGGCACCUUUUGAUGCUUGUUCAGUUCGAACAAUGGUACCCAUCAGUCUAAUGCACACUUAAGAAUGUCAUUUUUUUUGCCAUCACUGGUAUUAGAUAUGUCAGAUCCGCCUCCCAAGUCCGUUUUCCCAGUUCUGAGUGAGAGGCACAGUGCAGAAUAGCUCCCUAUAAAUAAAUGGACUGUUGUAAGGUUAUUGCCCUUUCCUAGUGUUACAUCAGGUGCUUCGUUGCCAUAGCGACAGCAAUUAGCAAGGACUCGGGCGGGCGGUUGAAUACGAGCCUGUCCCUCGUACCCAUGGCAACCAAGGUCAGGCCCGCAACACACAUCUGCUUUUCAUUGCUAACCCGCUUUCAGUGUGCAGUAAAGCUAGAGGGUUAAGGGAGCAUUAGGCUGUGUGGGAGGCCAUUUCCAAAAUGUUGUGGCACAGUGAAGCUUAUGGCUUCUAUUUAGACCCUGAUUAAAGCGGUAAUUAGAAAACAAAGUGGUAGUCUUACUAUCAUUGAAGGAAGGGCCUUAAGCGCAUACUGCCAUCUUCAAAUUAAUAGCGUUCUUAGGAAGGUAAGAACCAAUUGCCAGUGACCUAAAGAACCACAGUCACUGUUGUUACAGGCUGUUGAUUUCUAACCUGUUGAAUCCAACCUUGUGAUAUUUUGGCUAGAAUUCAUAGGAGCACUGUAUUCUGAUCAUUAAAUCAAAAUGUCUGCGACUUCAAGAGGAAGAAGAAUUAGUCAAGACAUUGAUUGUCGCAUUUGACCUAAAUGGUCAAGUCCAGAGAUUACUUUCUUUCAGUGGUUACAUUUGAGGAUUUUAGAGCUUUAUGAUUCAGAUCAUUAUUAUUGCAUUUACAGGCUUCUGCCAUCUUCAAACUAAUAAUGUUUAUAGCAGAGCAAUAAAGAAAUAAGAGCAUUUGGUCAAAACAUUAAGUAUCAACUUUGACCUAAGUAGCAAAAUGCAGUUUCAUUAUUUCAAUUAGUAUUAUUAUCUGUUUUUGAGGUGUUUAGUCAAAUUAAGCAAGUAAAUCAUUGUUUGAAAAAUGUACAGGCUGCUGUCUAAUUAAUACUCAAGAACCAACAGCAUAAAGAAACAAAAAGUUGUACAAACAUACUGGGUUUUUCUUUUGUUAUAGGUUAACUUUUUUACAUCAGUAAGUAUUCAAGCUCCAAGUACAUAUGGAUUUAUUAAUGAACCAUGGCCAGGGCUUUAGGCACAAUAAUUGGUAUGUACAUUAUACUGCUUGUUUUUUUCUUCCAGUGGUUAUGGCUAAGGUUUUACUUUGUCCCCUAUAACUGAAAUAUGAAACAAGCCAUAUUCUGGAUGAAGUCGCAGGCUACCGUUUUAUGUCUUCAAAUUCAUUGCUUACACAACAAGGCAAGAACCAACAGUCAAUAAUCUUUACUAUAUUUAAAUGUUUUUUUUUUCUGACAAAAACAAUCAAAAGUGUGGUAUUUUGGUGUGAUAUUAACGAAAAAAAUCUCACAGCUCCACUCAAAAAAAGAAUUCAUUACUCUUAUCUUAAUUGAAGUUUUUACACACAAUUUAAUUUAGUUCAUUCAGAAUAAAUCAGUUUAGUUGGGUCAACACAAUUUAGUUGAUUUAGGUCAAAUUGAUUUACUCUAGUAUGUUUAAUUAACUUUAUUACAUUUGUCAAACAAAAUUUUCCUAUGUUCGCCAACUUAAUUUUUUUUAUUAAUUUACUAAGGUUUAAUUCAGUUUCAUUCAUAAUUAUACAUGUUGUGUAUAAUGAUGAACGACACGGUUUGUUUAAACAUAAAUGACUGGUGUCAGUACUGACAUUAGUAUAGAUCACUGAGUGGCCACAGCCUAAGCACAAGCGCCACCCUUCAGCAAAAUGGUAACCACAAAAUUCAAAAACAUUACAGAAACUCCUUCAAAUGUCCAACAUAACUAAGCAUUAAACACUAACAUGUCUUUCCCUUUACUGAAAAACACAUAACACUUAAUCCCUAAAUUUACUCUCCUAAUGCAGACCCUUGCAAAGCAUGCUGGGAACUACAGAUCCACUGCCCAGUUAGUUAUGUCAACAAAAAUGAUUCACGUAGUUUUAACACAAAUUAAAUAAACUUCAGUCUUAAAUUUAUUAGGUGGAUUCAACACAAUGAAAUUAAGUUUCCACAAAAUGUUCAAAAACUAUGUUACUGUAGCUCAUUCUAAUUAAUUAAACUAAACAAGAAGCCUAAAAUCAUUUUUUGAGUGCAUGACCUCCCUGUGUCUGAGUGGGUUUCUUAUGGGUUCUCUGGUUGUUUUUACACCUGCCAAAAACCUUCUGAGAGGUGGGUUAGCUAUGCCAAAUUGCCCUAGGUGUGAAUGAGAGUGUCAAUAUGUAUGUGAAUGUGUACGUAUGGUGCCCUGCAAAGGACUAGCGUCCUAUCUGGGGUGUUUUCCCGUCUCAUUCUCUAUUUUCUCAUGAUGUGUAAAGUACAUACAUCUUAAUAAAUCCCUGAUCAAGACUUUGAGUAAUAAUAACUUAAUAAGCCAGGAUGAUAUUUUUGUCUCUUAUUUCCUUUCAGUUCUUGUUAAGGCUUUUACUGAACCUAAAAUAUGGGUCUGGCCAAUAUUUGAAUGCACUUAUGAGAUCUUCAAAUUAAUAAUGUUCAUAAACCAUAUUUAGGAGCUAUACUACUAGUGAUGUUACUUAGUAGGUUGUUAUAGGUUUACUCUUGUAAAUGUGUGCUUAAGGUGAAUGUAGACCCAGAUGAUCCUUGAAUAUGGCUUUCAGAAUAAUUCAUCGUCUAUUGUCAGUUUGAUCUGAUUUACCUGACAGUGAUUAUUGUUGGAAUUUUGUUUGAACAUAUGCGCAAGCUAUAAUUUUAUGCCUUGCAUUAUCUCCAUCUCCAUUGCUGGCAAAAUUGCAGUAUUACUGUUAGACAGUAGGAAAAAAUGUAGUUAGGAUAUUUAACUAACAGGUGUCUUCUUUAAUCAUCAGUAGAAACGUGUGCUUAAACAUAAAAGUACAUAUGACUUUAUAUAACCCAGAUUUCGAAAAUAAUAACUGGUGGAAAACCUGUGAUUGUUAGUAGACAGAAUAAAGAAAAUGUGGAGUAUUCUUUCUUCUCGUAUUUAUGCGCAUGAUUUUGGGCUGUUUGCCAAAACUAGGAUGCAAAACCAUUAUUUGAACACAUUUAUAGCCUACAAAUCCUGCAUCUAGCAUUACUUCCUUCCACUGCUGGCAGAAUAUCAGUAUCGUUAUUAAGCAGAAGGCAGUUGUGUUCUUGCCGCUUAUGUGGCAUUCGACACUUAAUGUCACUGUAUUCUUCAUUGUGAUUCAUUGAAAGCAGUAGUGUGUCAGCACAGCUGCUGUGUCCUCAUCCUCAUAAUUACAGCUUUCACACACACGUACACACGUCUCUUUUUCAACCAACAUGUAAUGACC